AUGAUGGCCAUGAACGGCAAGCAGAAUUUCUCAAUGCACCCAGCUCUACAGGAGCCCAAGUACUCCGGUCUCCACUCAAGUUCGGAAGCUAUGCGUAGAGUUUGCUUACCAGCCCCGCAGCUCCAGGGCAAUAUAUUCGGCGGCUUUGAUGAGAGUCUGCUGGCCCGCGCCGAAGCUCUGGCGGCUGUUGACAUUGUCUCCCACGGCAAGAGUCAUCCUUUCAAGCCAGACGUGACCUACCAUACCAUGAGCAGUGUCCCCUGCACGUCUACCUCCUCCACAGUACCCAUCUCUCACCCAUCCACUCUGACCUCCCAUCACCACGUGCAUCAAACUCUGGAAGGAGAUCUACUGGACCACAUUUCCUCAAGUUUAACCGUGAAUGGUAUGGGGGCACCAGAUCCGUCGGUGAUGUCCGCUCAAGUGCAUCAGCAUCACCUACAGACCAUGGGUCACCUUCACCAAGCAAUGAGUAUGAGUCACCCGCACCCUUUGUCCACGCAUAGCGGGAUGUCGUGCAUCAACGAUGUGGAAUCGGAUCCGCGAGAGCUGGAAGCCUUCGCUGAAAGGUUUAAACAAAGGAGGAUCAAGCUUGGGGUCACUCAGGCUGACGUUGGGUCCGCCCUCGCCAACCUCAAGAUACCUGGGGUCGGCUCCCUCAGUCAGAGCACCAUCUGCAGGUUCGAGUCUCUCACUCUGUCUCAUAAUAACAUGAUUGCUCUCAAGCCCGUCCUUCAAGCUUGGCUGGAAGAAGCAGAAGCGGCAUAUCGAGAGAAAAACAGCAAGCCGGAACUUUUCAAUGGAAACGAGCGGAAGCGAAAACGCACCUCGAUAGCAGCACCUGAGAAACGAUCUCUGGAGGCGUAUUUUGCCAUCCAGCCCCGUCCAUCCUCGGAAAAAAUCGCUGCCAUCGCAGAAAAGUUGGACCUUAAAAAGAACGUAGUUAGAGUUUGGUUUUGUAAUCAAAGACAAAAACAGAAAAGGAUGAAAUACUCAGCAGUACAUUAGAUAAUUCAUUGGUGUUACUCGUGUCUUACAUGCCGAUAGCAGGGAUCUUCCAUGACUUCUAAGGAUUCUAGUUAAUCAAUUAAUGGAUUCGCGAUCAUUUGCAUUUAAAGUUUUCGUUCCCUUUUGUUGAUUUUGUUCCGCGUAUCAUUUAUCAAAUGAAAAUAAUAUAAAGUAGCCUACGUGACGUUCACAAAGGUAAAAUGUUUGUCACUUUGAUGAUGUUUGAUGCUCAUUAUGGUAUUUGAUUGUCUUUUUUCCCUUACGAUAAAUUACAUAUAUAGCCUACAUUUUUUACAGUUUAAUCCGAUCGGUAUGUACAGCUCACUAUACAUUCUGUUUGUGGAAAAAAUCUUUAAAAAAUGAUAAAUUUACAUGCAUUUCUUUAUAAUUGCUUUAUAGGUUUUUUUUCCGUUUAAGCAUAAUAAGCUUCGUUUUUAAAUG